AGACGAACCGCAACAACAGUACUAACUCAGUUGUUCGUCUCUCUGUUUUCACCAUGCACUCCGUCGCCAAUGGAUUUGUCUUCGUGGUUCCGACGCAGCCUCUUAAGGAAGAGUGAAAAGACCAAAAACCCAGAUCCCUCUGAGCAAACCCUCCUGCCCCGAAGUGAAGAAGAAGAGCAACUGGGAGUCACAGAGGAACUGAUCGACCAUGUCAAGUCUUUCACUUUAGACACUUUCAAGAAUUUCCCUCUCCCAGAUGAUGAGGGCGCUGACAAUUCUCCUACAACUUCGAGCAACACUCAAAAAGAUCUCUCUGAAUGGCAGGAAAAACAUGCCACUCUUGUGCUCUCAAAAGUGAAGGAACUUUCCCAUCUGAGAUAUAAACUAUGCCCGGGAUACUUGAAGGAGCAUCAAUUUUGGAGAAUAUACUUUCUGCUUGUAAAGAAACAAGUGGCUGAAUACGAGCUGCGUGCCAUACAACUAGCGAGGCUGAAAGAAAUGGCAGUGGAGAAUGAGAAGUCUACAAAUUCCAUUGCAUAUGAAGUUGAAAUGUCAGAGGCAAAGCAGGGAGCAAGCUUAGCCCUUCCAACUCCAUAGCUUUAUGCAUUUCUUUUUAGGAGUAGGAAUGUAUUGGGUAGUCGACUGACUGAUCCACUGAACAGAACGUAUUGGAAAAAUGUAGAAUCGUUUAUGCAUUCUUUUUCUUUUUCUUUUUUUAAUUGUGCAGACGAAAUAGUAGUUUCUUAACGGCUUUCUUAUUAGAGCUUCUCCAGUAAGGAU